GAUUACACACACAGGAAAAGAAUAAAAGUAUCCAACGACUCAAUUUAACUAUCCGUCCAUCUUUCUUUUAUCUUCAUUAAAAUCUUCCACCGCACGACUUCCGUUCUCAUAUUUAUACCCCACACACACCUUCCUUCUUCAACCUCAUCUCUUUCCCUAUUAUAAAUUCCAUGACCACUUAUCCUGGCCGUCGAAUCCCAUGGAUUUCGAUCAAGAUUGAGGAUCAGAUUAACCCUAAGCAAACUCAAGAAGGUGAAGUGGGCAAUAUGUCAACUACUGCAGCAGAAGCAGCAGAAAAUGAUUGUGGGGAAGAAUUCGAGUGUCAUACGCCUACCUCCGAUGAAAACAAGAUCCCUAUAAGCCUAUUUUGUCCACCGGCGCCAAGAAAACCUACCAGAAUGAAUAGUAUUUCCGGCAAGAGAAAGUUGUUUGACGAUGAGCAGUUCUUUGAGACGGUGAAACGCGAAGAGAUUGAGGAGUUUUUCCGAUUAAAUUUCGAGCUUGCUGCAAGGAGACCGAUGAUUGCGAAGAAGAGGCGCAAGUGUACAUGAUGAAGGAGAGAACUUCAUCAUUACAAGCCUGCGUAGUAACAUUAUAUUUACACUUAUUAUUACUUUGUUUUAAUUACGUUUUAUUAUAUAGCUUGUAUGGUUUAUGAUCAUUAAUCAUGAUUAAUAUGUAUGUAAUGAAAAAUCCCACGUUCAAUUUGCAGAUA